CUGGCAGAGGGACAGUAUUGACAGUCCAAAGAUCACUGGCGUGGCAGCCAGAGAGACGGUGGACCCACAGCUCCGGCUCUGGAAAUCCUAAAGAAGAAGCCAUGGGGGGCUUUGCCCACCAGGACUCCUGGCGACAAGGUGUUUGCUCCGGCCGUCGGGUGAUCCUCAUCCCGAUGGGACUUCUGGCUGUGGUUACCCUCUCCCUCGUCGUCUUAGGCUUCGUGGGGCACAACUACUCCACAACGUUGAGGAAGACGAAGGAAGAUUUGAAAACCAGCAAUCGCACCUUGGCCGUGGAAUUAGCUGAUCUGGAACAAAAGGAGACCAGCGAUUCGGAAUUUCUCCAAAACGCCGACGAGUUGGUGGAAUUCCUCGCCAAAGAAGGCACAGAAAUGAAGACUCAGUACUUGGAUCAGAUCCAGAAACUUCAAGAAACUCUCCAGAAAAUAAAUUGUGAUUUGGAGGAGAUAAAACGCAAGGGGAAAGGGCCGGCGAGCGGCUGCUGCCCCAGAGGCUGGCACCUGUUUCAGCAGGGCUGCUACUGGCUCUCCUCUGCCGAAAACGGCUGGAGCAAAGCCAAAGAGGACUGCGAAGAGAAGAGUGCCCACCUGGUGAUCAUCACCGGCUACUUAGAGCAGCAAUUUGUGGCACGACUCGCCAAAUCUGAGCGCGCUUGGAUCGGUCUGGAGUUCAGCAACCAGGCGUGGAAGUGGGUGGACGGGACCCCCUACACGGUGCGCAGGAUCGACUGGCGGCCUGACGAACCGAUGCACGUGAGCGUAUACUGCAGCAUGAUGUACCGAGACGGUUUGUGGAGCCAGGCCCACUGCAGGGCCAAACUAAAAUGGAUGUGUGAAAAGCUGGCCCAGCAGUGAGCCCAGAGGAGACCCCAGGAAGCCCCCCCUGCUCAACGCCUGGAGCAAAUAAAACCGAUCCUAAGACAAAAA